AUCUGUGCGCCACGCGCCGUCCAUUUUGUAUUUGAUUUUGACAUUGUCAAUUUAAUUUGUCAAAUGAGAACAAUGUGGUGAAUAAUAAUCCGAAAUUAUAAAGUUUUUUACGAUUUAAUUAUGUCUAUGCUAGCCGAACCUCGUCGUAAACAAAAAGUGAUAAAUUUACGUGCCAAAAACAAUGCCUGGAGCAAUGAUAGCACCAAAUUUGGGCAAAGAAUGUUGGAGAAAAUGGGAUGGAGUUCUGGCAAGGGGUUAGGUGCUAAAGAAAACGGUAUUGUGGAGCAUGUAGUGGCUAGAUAUAAGAAUGAUGAAAAAGGACUGGGCUUUGAGGACAGAAACGACCAGUGGACGAAGCACGAGGACGAUUUUAACUCGUUGCUUGCUAACCUUUCGAAUGCUGAUGGUGGUACGGAAACUUUACAUAGUGGCAUUUCAUUAGAAAAAAAGUCCAAGAAAAGCAAAGCACGCAUUCACUAUCACAAGUUUACGCGAGGCAAAGACCUGUCACGUUACAGCGAGAAGGACUUAGCUAACAUAUUUGGUAAGAAAAGCUUUAAAGAACCAGAGGUAAAGGAAUAUAUUAAACAGGAUACUUUACAAACCACAGAACAGGUUUUCACAGAGAAGGGAAACAUGGAUGAUUAUUUUAAAACUAAAUUGGCUGCAUUUAAAUCAAAACUAACUGACACAAAUACGAAACAUAAUGAAGAAGUUGAUUACACUUUUAAAGGUUUUUCAAAUAUUUCAGAACCAGAAAAUAAUCAAAAUGGGUUGGUGUCAACCUCCCAUGAACCUUUUUCUUUUUAUAGUUCACAAAAAGAAGAUGUAAGCCAAAAUGUUGAGUUGGCUUGUCUGAAUGUUGAAACUAAAGGUAAGAAGAAAAAGAAAUCAAAAUCGCAGGAAAUAUCCUGUGAAGUAGCAAUAGAGGGAAAUAAUUUACCAGAUUCCGUUCAAGAACUGACCCCAGAGAUUGUGAUGCACAAAGGAACAAUUAAAGCAAAGAAAUCUAAAACGAAAUUGCAUACAGAAUGUAUUGAGGAAACAUCACUGGAUAAGGUAGACGAAAGUGAUUCAGCAGAAUGCUUGCAAGAUUCAACUCAUGCGAUUCUAUUGGAUGUAGAUUCAACUAAAGUAAAGAAAUCUAAAAAGAAAAAGCAUAAAGAAUGUAUUGAAGAAACACAAUUGUCAGAUAAAAUAGAUGUGAGUAAUUCUUCAGAAUGCACUCAAGAAGCAUGUCAAAAUGUAGCAGCUCCUAAGAAAAAAUCUAAAAAGAAAAAGCAUCAAGAAUGUGUUGAUAAUGAAAUCUGCCCAUGUGAAGAGAUUAGCAAAGUUAAGAAGAAAAAUAAGACUAAAAGUAAUGUUCAAGAUAUUCAGGAGCAUAUAUUAUCUAUGGAAGAUCAUGUUCCUAAAAAGAAGAAGAAAAGUAAAAACCAAGAGUUAUGAUAUUAAAUCAAGGAAAAUAAAAUCUAUUUUGUAUUAAAUUCAUUUUUUAAACAUAAUGAAAUUAUUAAAAUUAAAUAGUUCCUUUUUGGAAUAUCAGCUGAGAGAGUUGAAUUCAUUUGUAAUACAAAACACCGUUUAUAAUAAAAUGUAUUUGUUAC